UUCCUGUUGUCUUCUGGAGCUACAGCUAGCUACGUGAAUACCCUGAAAACUCUCCUUGGAACAGAUUAAACUUCACUCGGUAAAUCUGUAAUAUGUUUCUGAAAGCGCCCCAGAACCACAAAAACUUACAAUAAAACCGAAAAAUUAAAAAAAAAAACUGCACAGCAAAGAGUCUCAACAGCUGAGAAGGUCGUUUAAACAGCGGCUAACUUGCUAAUCAGAUCAGCAAGAGAGGAGAAGAAACGAGUCGAUGCGGUUUUCAAGCCUGAAGUUCGCCGAUGGAGAAGAGACAUGGAGCAGGUCUUUGUGAGUAAAGAAGAUUUUCUCGCUGAGCAGCAGGAAUGGAAUAAGAGUCUUGACCAAAAGGACUUGGAGCCUCCAAACAUUAAAGCGGAACAGGAGGAGCUCUGGAGUGAAGAUGAAGAAAAACCACAGUCAUCACAGCUUCAAAGCCAAAGAGAUGAGAGCAUAGAAGUGGAACUUCUUACCAGAAACUCAGCUGAAGACAGAACACUGAAAAUAGAAGCUAAUGGAGACGACUCUGGAGGAUCAGAACCAGCCAGCAACUCAGGCCCAUGCAGUCAUUUACAACCACGUACUGAUGACAUGCAACAGUUGUUGAUUAAAGAAGAAGUUCUCCUUGAACAGCAGGAGUGGAAUCUGAGAGUUGACCAGGAGGACAUUAAAGAGGAACAAGAGGAACUCUGGAUAAGUCAGCAGGGAAAACAACUUCACCAGCUGGAGGAGGCUGAUGUCACAAAGUUCUCGUACACAGCUGUCCUUGUUAAGAGUGAAAAUGAGGAUGAAAAACCGCAGUCAUCACAGGUUUAUCAAAUAGAUACCAGGAGUAGGAGUUCAGACAGCUCUGAAACUGAGACUGACAACAGCUGUGAAUGGAAACACAUCAAGGAACUUCAUUCAGGUUUUAACUGUCAGACAGAUAACAAUGAAUCUGUUAGUCAUAGCAGGGGCAGCAUUCCUAAGAACCAGUUUAAUUGCUCUCAUUAUGAUAAAACAUGUUGUCAAAUUUACUAUUCCAAACAACUCACAGGAAUGCAAGCAAGUGAAAAACCAUUUAGUUGUGCUGAGUGUGGUAAAAGAUUUGGACAAAAGGGUGAUCUGAUCAGGCACAUGAGAAUUCAUACAGGAGAGAAACCAUUUGCAUGUUCUGAGUGUGAUAAAAGAUUUAGAGAGAAGUGCCAUCUGAACAUACACAUGAGAAUUCAUACAGGAGAGAAACCAUUUGCAUGUUCUGAGUGUGAUAAAAGAUUUAGAGAGAAGGGUCAUCUGACCAUACACAUGAGAAUUCAUACGGGACAUAAACCAUUUAGCUGUUUUCAGUGUGGUACAGGAUUUGGACACAAGGGUGACCUAAUCAGACACAGAAGAAGUCAUACAGGAGAGAAACCAUUUGCAUGUUCUGAGUGUGGUACAAGAUUUGGACACAAGAGCCAUUUGGUCAGACACAUGAGAAUUCAUACAGGAGAGAAACUGUUUGCAUGCUGUGAGUGUGGCAAAAGAUUUGGGCGAAAGGGCCAUCUGAUUAGACAUACAAGAAAUCAUACAGGAGAGAAACCAUUUGCGUGUUCUGAGUGUGAUACAAGUUUUGCACACAAGAGCCAUCUGAUCAGACACAUGAGAAUUCAUACAGGAGAGAAACCAUUUGCAUGUUCUGAGUGUUUUGCAAGGUUUGGACACAAGAGUCAUUUGAUCAGACACAUGAGAAUUCAUACUGGAGAGAAAACAUUUGUGUGUUCUGAGUGCAGCAGAAGUUUUGGACGAAAGAGCCAUCUAAACAUACACAUGCGAAUUCAUACAGGAGAGAAAUUAUUUGUUUGUUCUGAGUGUGGUAAAAGAUUUGGACAGAAGGGUGAUCUGAUUGCACAUAUAAGAAUUCAUACAGGAGAGAAACCAUUUGGCUGUUCUGAUUGUGGUAAAACAUUUGGACGAAAGCGUCAACUUAUUUCACACAUGAAAAUGCAUACAGGAGAGUAAACAUUUGGGUCAUUAAACUUAUAUAAGUAACUCCAUAUAAAUAUAUAUAAAACUAUGGUGUGUUUUGGUGUUGUUGUUUUUCCAUGUUUAAUGAUAAUUCAUACAGAAGAGAAACUUCUGAAUGUAAUUAAAGUUUAGGACAAAACAGCAAUCUAGUUUUUCAUGUUAUGAAUUGAUAGAUGGAUAGAAAAUUUAUUUCAGACUCUAAGUCAACAGAAAAAUAUGUGCAGAUAUCACAGUUGACAGAAUUAAAUAAAAGGCAAUCACCAUAUAAAAUACA